AAGCGUGCAUCAGCUCCGUGCAGAGCAGUGCCAGGCAGGCAGGCACACGGGGAACGUGUUGCGUUGUUUUUUACAGAUGCACAAACCCCCGCAGCAAUAGCCAAAGAGGCAGAGGGGAAGCCGCCGCGGGGAACAAGAAGUGUUGCUGCUCUUCCCGUGCAUCGGUCCAGAAGUAUGGGGGUUGACUUCUGGGACCAGAAUCGACGCGGCGGCAGUCAUCAUAGCUACGCUCCGAUCGAUGAAGGCGAGUCCGCUGCGUGUAGCUGCAGCAGCGGCAGCACCAACACCACUGGAGGGGGGCUCAACACAAGCAGGAGACGAGGGCUUAUGGGCGGGUUGCUGAGGUGCGUAGUGGCGCUCUCUAUUGUCGCGCUCUGGGUGGGGGCAAAGAGCUACCUCGAGCCGCCUCGAGGAGACAUCGGCGCGGCGGCGUCGCUGUUGCAGGAGCUCGGGGAGCGUAGGUCAGCGGGAAUAACCGACGGCGAUGUGCCCGCCGAAGACAGCGACGGCCUGAUGCAGGUGCUCGUGACGAACAAGUACCAGAGGAGUAUGGCGCUGAUGUACCCGUGGGAGCACGUGGCCGAGCCGGCGAGGCAGACGCGCAUGGAGAUACUCGCCUGGCCGGGCAAGGACGAGGGGAUCGGGCUCGAGUACAUAUGGUCUGUGAAUGAUGAGGAUAUCGGAACCGGCGCUGUGACCAACAUGGUGUUCAAGAAACCAGGGGCAUACCAGGCAAGUUACCGGUGCUCCGUGAGGGCGUAUAUCCAGAGGGACGACGGGGAGGACGAGCGAGAAGAAGAGGCAACGCCCGGCCGUGAUCGUCGCCCCCUAGCGGCGGCGGCGGCGGCGGCGGCGGAGGAGGAGGAGGAGGAGGAGGAGGAGGAGGAAGGGGCGGUGUCGGCAAAGAGCGGUCCCUCGCGGUCAGGGUCGUCGCGACGGUCGUCGGCGGGUAGCCGAGCCACGAGGAUGGUUCGCGGCGGCACAGCAAGCACGAGCGGCCUCGUCGUGGACCCCGAGAACACGCUCGACUUCGUGGUCGUGGUGAAGUACGUCCGUCGAGAGAUCCGGACGCUGACGGACCGCGACCGGGAGACGUUCUUCAACGCGGUGUCCAUCAUGCAGCGCGUGCCCAGCGCGGUGGGCCAGCAGGUGUACGGGAGCAAGUACUACAGCAAGGACUUCUUCAAUCGGAUCCACCUCUACUACGGCGGGCGCGCAGACUGCGACCACUGGCACGCCGGGGCCGGGUUCGUAACCUCCCACAUCGCCGUGUCCCUCAUGUACGAGCAGUCGCUACAGGCGAUCAACCCCGCCAUCGCGCUCCCCUACUGGGACUUCACCAUUGAAGGCACGUUCUUCGACUGGAGCAAUUUCAGGUCGAGCUCCAUCUUUUCGGACGACUGGUUCGGUGCCGCCGCCCCUAAGAACAACCUGCGAACACCCGCCCGGGGACGGUUUGGGUACAUCCCCAACAUGAUCGAUGCCACCGAGUUCUCGACUGUGCGCAACUCCUACGGCAUGCUUCAAGCCCCCUGGAACAACGACCCGACUCCGUUCCUCACGAGAAACGACCACAUGAUGGGCUUCGUGAACCACCGGAAGCCCUCCGGGUGCCGGAAAUACCGGGACGCCAUCAUGCAGACUAGUUGGAUGGCUCUGACGGAGUCUUUCAACGACGGGGCACACGGAGAGAUCCAUGAGUUACUCGGGGGUGCAUGGUCGUUGGAGGCCACGGCCUACGCCGAGAGGACGAGCGACGUCGUGCAGCCUUUCGUGCACGUGGCGGUGCCACUGCUGAAGAUGCUGUGGCGCACGGGGUACAUCCAGUGCCCGGAAGAGUGCGCUUUCGGCGUUACCCCUUGGGAGGACUGCGCAUGCACCUGCCCCGAGGAAAACUUCAACGGCAUGAGCUCGUGGGAGGUCUUGCAAGACGCAGGAGUGCUGGCCGACGGGUUCUUCUACGACAAGAACGGCGUUCUCAUCAAAGACCUUGUAGACAACGACGGUAACGCCUUCGAUAUUCUUCCGGGAUACACCAAGGAAGAGACGGUGCAAAUCUACGACGAGAUGCUGCGGGCCCUGUGCAUCCCUAUGCGCGUCGGCACUCACUACGGCGCGACCAGCACCAACGACCCGACGUUCUGGUUGAUUCACCCGACUUUUGACAGACUUUGGCACUUGCGAAGGCUCCAGGUCAAGGCGGAAAACGACACGGCCUUCGACGAGACGUGGAUCCCGGACCACUUCUGCUACGGCCACAACCCCGACGACAUCCAGCCGUUCCGGAACCUGUUCCUUCAUGACAAUGUGGUUCAAGUUGAACAACACGGGGACAAGCAGAUUGAGAUCCCGAAGGUCUACUACACCAACUCGCAGCUGUAUGCCAUGCUCAAGCCGGACGAGAUGGACGGCCCUUACGUGUACGAAAACUUCGAGUGGAGACACUGCGAUGCGCAAGGCGUGCACAUCCACGGCUUCUGAACGGACAUAUGCUGGCGGCAUCGCCAGCAUGUUUGCGUCGCUACACGAGUCCGUCAGCACUAUCUAGGCUGUCGAAGUUUUCACGGGAAGCUGGCACAGCGUUUGUUUCGCUAUUUUUGCAUUUUUGUCUCUAUCGCCAGGCGAAGUAUGAUGUACCUUCAUUGCCAGCAUGGACAAGGAAUGCCAAGAGUGGUGAUUGUCAUGAUUUUGACUUGCAAACCGGGAGGGCAGAAUAAGAUUUCGCGCUCUGGGGGCCUUUGGUGGUAAAUUUUGAUACUUCUAUUUUCCAUGUUGGGGGGGGGCAUCUGGAUUCACAGGUACAUUCCGCCGGAUAUCAUCGCCUCCACCGUGCGGGCCGAAUCAGCCGCUUCGUACGGGCCUCUGGCCUUCUUUUGUUCGGUCAGGGGACGGUCUUCCCGUCGAACUCCAGAUACUGGCCCUCAGUCACCCUUGGUCGCAGUGCUGUCAUCGACCUCUUUGGGGGCUUGCCUUGUAUGGAGACCCGCACGAUGCGUGGAAGAUAUCCGUUCAUGUUUUUCCUCUUCGUUGUCACCAAGUUUGUAUUGAGAUUGGUUGACAUGCUUGGAGGCGGUGCCGGGGUCUGCGAUCCCGGCCUGCCCACGCAGCCAAGCCCUUAUGUCUUGUUGUUGGUUGGACUGGCAUGCUUGGAGCAGAGUUUUGCUGAGAAAUGCGCGUCCGUUGUAUGGCGAUGUCGAUGGGGAAGGGUUUCGACCGCAUGGUUCAUUUCAAUGCAAGUGCCCAGCGGAAAAAUAUUCGGCCCAUAAUUUGCGAAUGGUCGGAUGCCUGCGGGAUUGCCAUAUACCAGAUCACUAGCUGUGUUGCUUUCGGACAGCAGUGGCGCCGCAACAUCGCGUUUUGUGCAUGGGUGGUACAAUGCGUUUCGCUGCUUUGCAGCAGUUCAGUGCGUUGGACUGACCGUGUACACCGGUAUGCAUCGGGUGUUGUCCGAACAGUGUGCUUGUCUCGACUUGUCUCUGACUGCGGGCGUAAUAAGGAUUUAAGAUUUGACGUGUUUUUAUGGUGUCGAGUGGUUUUUCUUUUCUGGCGGUUGGCGUAGUUUGCUUGGAGAGUGCUCGGUUCUAUGUGGUCCAUGAACGUGAGGGGAUUGAGAUGGCCUGCUCAGCGGGCUAAAUUUGAUGGGAACAUUUGUUCAUUGUUGGUAGAAUGUCGGAGUAAACUUGAUUUAUUUGUGCAUGCCGACAGGUAUUCGUGUUUGUUAUGUGCAGUAGGCAGAGUUGUUUUUCAUCAGGUCUGUCUCAUCUUGUGUCUGUUGGGUGCGGUUUUUCAGUGCGGUUCGAUCCUUUUCUCUUCUUUUGUACUCUUUGCUUCCCUUCUUUGUCUCGGCCUGUCGUGUGGUGAAGUUAUCCACUGGAGUGCGUUGUUUUCGGUUACACUGCAGCUGCAUGCAAAUAUUUUUUUCGUGCGUCGUGCGUCGUGCGUCGGAUGCGUAGGUUAGCCCGUUCUUUUCUUGGUGCGCGCAUGCUUCUCCGACGUUCAACUAACUUACUCCCGUUGUAUGAGAAGGAGGUACACAAGCAAGCUUCAACGUGAUUAAACAAGCAAGCAUCAGGCACCAUCCAGGUGAAUAUCCUCAACUACCUGUUGAACAAACUCGGGAAACAUGGAGGAAAAGUGUGCAGUGGAAAACGAUCAAU